AUGCGCUCCCUCGGCCAAAACCCCACCGAAAACGAGCUCCAAGACAUGAUCAACGAAGUCGACGCAGACGGCAACGGCACCAUCGACUUUCAAGAGUUCCUCACCAUGAUGGCCCGCAAGAUGCAGGACAGCGAUAGCGAGGCUGAGAUCAGGGAGGCGUUUAAGGUGUUUGAUAAGGAUGGGAAUGGGUUUAUUAGUGCGGCCGAGUUGAGGCAUGUUAUGGCCAACCUUGGUGAGAAGUUGACAGACGCCGAAGUCGACGAGAUGGUCAGAGAGGCGGAUAUCGACGGGGACGGGCAAAUCAAUUACCAGGAAUUCGUCAAGGUACGCAUGUCCUGCAUGUUAUAG